UUCACUCUUAUUUUGGGUUACUGAUCCAUGCAUGCGGCAACCUGAUCCACAUGGAAAAAUAUAGAAAGCCAAGAAGUAAGAAACAAUGGUCUUUCAAGUCCAUUCACUUCUAUCAGAGCUUUCGAAGCCUCAUCAAACAAUUCUUAAGACCAAACAACUCCACGCUUUAAUCUCCAAAACCCACCUCUCCCUUGACCCAUUUUUCGCCACCAAAAUCCUCAGGUUUUACGCGCUCAAUCAUGACCUUUGCUCCGCUCGUAAAUUGUUCGACGAAACGCCUCAAAGAAGCGUUUUCCUUUGGAAUUCCAUUAUUCGAGCUUAUGCUCAAGCCCACAACUUCAACGACGCCUUGUCAUUGUUCAAUAAGAUGCUUGGAACGAAAACGAAACCCGAUAACUUCACGUACGCCUGCGUAAUACGUGCCUGCUACGAGAACUUUGAUUUGGAUGGGAUAAGAAUUGUACAUACAAGAGUUAUUCUCUCUGGGUUAGGAUUGGAUUCCAUCUGUGGUAGUGCACUUGUGACUGGGUAUUCAAAGCUCUGCCUUGUUGAUGAAGCAAGCAAGCUUUUCUAUAGGAUUCCUGAGAAGGAUUUGGUUUUGUGGAAUUCUAUGGUUUCGGGGUAUGGAAAUCGUGGCCUUUCUAAUAAAGGGUUAAUGUUGUUUAGUUGGAUGAGGCUUAUGGGUCAGCAGCCAGAUGGGUAUACUUUGGUUGCGCUAAUAUCAGGGUUAGUGGAUUCGGGCUUGUUAAGUGUUGGUCAAGGGAUUCAUGGUUUUUGUUUGAAAAGUGGUUUUGAUUGUUCUGUUCAUGUGGGAAGUUCACUUGUAAGCUUGUAUUCGAGGUUUAAGUGCUUGGAUUCGGCAAAUAUAGUGUUUAGUAGUUUGCUUCAACCUGAUUUAGUUGCAUGGUCUUCUUUGAUAACCGGAUAUUCUCAAUGUGGCGAUUAUGAUAAGGCAUUAUUCUACUUCAGGAAACUGAACAUGGAGAAGGGUAAAAGAGCUGAUCCCAUUCUGAUCUCUGCUGUACUGGCGGCUACUGCUCAAUCAGCAAAUGAAAGGUUUGGUAGUGAGAUACAUGGUUAUGUUGUUCGACAUGGAUUUGACUCGAAUGUCAUGGUUUCUUCUGCUCUGAUAGACAUGUAUUCUAAGUGUGGAAUAGUGAGCUUGGGGAUCCGAGUUUUUGAGAUUAUGCCGGAAAGAAGUAUAAUAUCUUACAAUUCUCUUAUUUGGGGUCUUGGAUUGAAUGGACUUACUUACCAGGCAUUCAAGAUGUUUGAUGAGAUGCUAGUGAUCAGCCUAGAACCUGAUGAAUCGACCUUCUCUGCCCUCCUUUCUGCUUGUUGCCAUGCUGGCCUCUUCGAUGAUGGUUGGGAAAUUUUCAGGAGGAUGAUAUAUGAGUUUUCUAUUCAACCUACAACAGAGCAUUAUGUUUACAUGGUAAAGCUUCUUGGUAUGGCUGGAGAGUUGGAAGAGGCGUAUAAUUUUAUCUUGUGUUUGCCCAAGCCAGUUGACUGUGGCAUCUGGGGAGCAUUGCUAUCAUGCUGUGACACUCAUGGAAAUUCUAAGUUGGCAGAAGCUAUAUCCCAGCAACUAGUGGAAAAUGAACCAAAAAAAAGUGCUUACAGAGUCAUGCUUUCUAACAUAUAUGCUGUUCAUGGCAGGUGGGAUGCUGUACAGAAGUUAAGAGAUGAUAUAGCGGGAACGAGAGUAAGAAAAUUUCCAGCGCUUAGCUGGAUUGAAAGUGGAAACACAUAAGUAUUAAAUAACUAGUCGAAUCUCUUAUUAUCAAUUCAACAUGGCAGCUUACUUGUAAGGUAAAUUGAAGAAACUUUUAAUUUAAUGGAACUAUAUAUAUAGGCAUAUAUGGAAGCGCAAUAGAUACAUGAUUGCCACACUUGUAGAUUAAUAUAUAGGGAUGCUCAACCGUUAAUUCAAACACAAAUUAAGAAAUUUAUUUAUUUUUGAGCCAGUACAAUUUUAGAGAAAGGAGAUUCCACUAAAGUAUGCUUCUUUAGUAGGAGAAUACACGCACGUAGUCCUACAUAGCUAAAUGUUCAGAUGUGAAAGAAAUUUAUUUGAUCAAAGAGACAUUAAUAUAAUUGCAUGCGAGAUUUAGGGGUUCUGCUGCUGCUCAACCUCUCUUGGGGGAGCUUGGAGUAUGGUUGGAGGUGUUGGAGUUAGUGGAGAAGAAAAAGGCGUGGUGGGGAUAAAGGGAAAAGGAGGAAAUUCGGGAAGAGAAGGCAAGCUAGGAAAGGGAAAAAUUGGUGUUAAGUUAGUACUGCCAAUAGGACGAGCAGGAAGAGGUAGCAUUGGGUCUUGAAAAAAUGGGAAUUUUGGUAGCACUGAAUCACCAGCUGUUUCCAGUGUUUUUAUGUUGCCUGGAAAACUGGGUUGGAAAGAUUGUGAGGGUGAACCAGGUGCAAAUUGUAUUGUUGAUGGCUCUUUUGGCAAUUUGCGAGAUGCUGAGCAUAGAAGAAGGAAAGGAGAAAGAAUGAUGAGGAUAUGGAGGAGAUGACGUGAGAAAGCCAUUGUUGUGUUAAUCUGGAGAUGUAGAAUUAGUUAAAAGUAAUGAGGUUUUUUAUAGGCAAGAAAAAGAGUGUGUUGCCAUUUACAUAUGUGCAGUGUGCCCAAUAGCAUGGUUGUUGUUCACUUAUUGCACGAGAGUUCUACUUUGAACCUAAUAACAGAUUGCAAAGAUUUGUGUCUUGACUUCUGACUCUUAUACUACUUUGUAAAAUUUCUUUAAAUAAUAAACUUGAUAUGUAAUUAGAU